GUUUCGUUUUGCUACGCCCCUUCAAACAUCUCCUUUACGCAUUCGGGGGAGGUUCAUUCCAUUGGUUUGUUCCAAUGGUUUGGGUUGGGAAGAGCACCCUGUAUCUGACAUGAGAAGCAUUGUUUACUACGAAGUUUUUUUAAUUAAAGCCUGCGAUUCUGAUAGAGGAAGAGCUAUGUAUCUUAUUUAUACUGUAGAUAAAAGAACCUUACUCACGAAAUUCUAUUUUCUCAGUCAUGAAGAAAAAUCAGAUUGUGAAUUUACUCAGUAG